ACCAUUAUCACGUAGAAUGGCGUAUGGACUAGCUCUAACCGGUCCGAGAGCCAUACGCGCACACCAAACCAAUGACCAUUAACCAAUUUUACGUCAUGCUCUGAUGUUGCUCCAACUUGUGUGUAGAGCCAAGAAGACAAUCAUGCUGAUGGCUGAUACAAAAUGACAGAUAAUAUCAAAAAAUGUAACGAUGUUUUAUUGUGUUAAUUAUAAAAGUAAUUGUUAUCUCAGUAACAUAUUGUUAUUUGAUUUGAAACAACCAAUUGAAAUUAAAACGUAAAAUAUAUUGGAUGGAUUUCGGCGCAUCAAGUGACGGUGAAACAUGAGUUCCACGACAGAAAUGACGAACAACGAUGCGAAUUACGAUACGACAAGUUUUUAUAUCGGCUUAGGAUUAGCUGUUAGUUCCAGUAUCUUCAUAGGUGCCAGUUUUAUCAUAAAGAAGAAAGCUCUGAUUCGGCUUCAAAGAUACGGUGGACUGAGGGCUUCAUCCGGAGGUUUUGGCUAUUUGAAGGAAUGGAUGUGGUGGGCUGGUCUGGCAUCUAUGGGAAUAGGAGAGGGAGCUAAUUUUGCCGCUUAUGUCUUUGCUCCGGCAUCACUUGUGACACCUCUGGGUGCACUGAGCGUUUUAGUAUCGGCUGUACUAGCAUCUAAGUAUCUUAACGAAAGAUUAAACCUAUUAGGAAAGGUAGGCUGUUUGUUAUGUAUCUUAGGUUCAACUGUAAUAGUAUUACAUUCCCCCAAAGAAGAGGAGGUCAGCAGUUUGAGCGAGCUGGUCGUCAAAAUAAGAGAACCUGCUUAUCUGCUGUACGUUUUAAUUGUGAUACUGUGCACACUCUCGAUCGUAUUUCACUUCGGUCCGGUGUACGGCAAGCAGAACAUCUUGGUUUACAUUUGUCUGUGCUCGUCCGUCGGUUCUUUGACCGUCAUGAGUUGCAAGGGUCUAGGUUUGGCGCUGAAAGAGACCAUAACGGGUAACGAGAACGGAUUCCUCAAUUGGCUCACGUGGGUCUUCAUAUUCAGCGUUAUUCUCUGCAUAAUGGUGCAGAUGAACUAUCUGAACAAGUCGCUGGACUUGUUCGACACGUCCAUCGUGACGCCGAUCUAUUACGUCUUCUUCACAACUCUGGUGAUAACAGCGUCCGCGAUUUUGUUUCGGGAAUGGAAGAAGAUGAGCGUGGAGGACGCGUUGGGUGCUUCCUGCGGUUUUCUCAUCAUUGUGAUCGCCAUAUUUUUGCUGAACGCGUUCAAGGAGAUGGACAUACACUACGAGAACAUCAGGCACAUGUUGAGACCCAAACGAGAAUUACUAUCGAGCUACAAUUCGAGAUGGAACGAGGAUCAGGAAAGGCCGUCGACCAGAAUCGAGUCCCAACAUUUGCUUAAUUAUAAUUGCGGGAAUUCAGAUCUCGCUAGAACUAUUUAAAAUUGAUGUGAUCACAUUCGAUGAGCUGAAAACCGGAUACAAGAAUCCAAUCGAUCAGUGUAACAACUUGAAUCCG